AUAACGUCAUUUAGGUAGAGACAGGAGCAAAGUGAGAGCUGCUGAAAGGGAAGCAAGAGUCGGGAUUUGUCAAACUGCAGAUAUGAGUUAGACUCUGCAGUAGAUUUUUUUUUUUUUGUUAAAUCUCUCCAUGUUCGCAGACCAGUCCGAAACAAACUGGCCGUGAACGCAUCACGGCGAAAAGAUUCCCGACUCACUUUUAUUGUUAUUCUUUCGAUCAUCACUUGGUUUUGUUUUAGCUCAACUUUUCCACCCCACACAUGGAGUCUGCAGAUUCUCAGCGGGGACGGGACAGUGGCAGUCUGAGGCGUUCCCCCCUCGACGUCCUCAUGAGUCAGAUCCGCAGGAAACGCUCGGCCUCGGACAGGAAGCCGUUGGGACGCUUCCUGUCCUGGUCCUCAGACCGGACAGGGAUCUCUGAGGAUGCAGAGACAGAGGGACGGGAGGAGAGGGGACAGAGGGAAGGUGUCUCUGACGGAGCAGAGAGCGGGCGCGACGUCGGCUGGGGUCGAGUGUGUGUUUUCCUGCAGAGGUUGGGGAAGAAAGCGGACAGCAGGAGCCUUAGCCUGGCUCACUGUGACCUCACUGCUACAGACCUGCUGGAGCUAGCCACGUUGCUUCAGUUUCUCCCUCAGCUGGAGGAGUUGGACGUCUCCUGGAACGAGCUGAUCGGUGGAUGUCUGAGAGCGCUGACCUCUCAUCUUCAGCAUGUGGGUGGAGUCCGCGUCUUAAAGCUCUGCAGCUGUAGGUUGAACGCUGAUGACAUCACUGCUCUAGGUGAGGCUCUUGCUUUCAUGCCUCACUUGGAGAUCCUGGAUUUGUCCUGGAACAGCGGUGUUGGGGGUGGCACAUUGCAAGGUCUGCUGGGUAAUCUUCAGCCAUCACUGAGGGAGCUCCACCUAGUGGCCUGUCAGCUCACAGAAGCUGAUGCUACUGCACUGGGAGGAAAGGUCUCAUCUCUGCCCUCGCUCUGUGUGUUGGACAUCUCCUCUAAUCCUCAACUCUCACAGGGCGUUAAUGGCGGUGGAUUCAUGCAGCUCGCCUCUUCUUUAUCUCACGCAACCUCCCUCACAACGCUCCGACUUCAGGCCUGUGGUCUGACAGAAGACAGCCUUGAUGCUCUUGGUGGUACGCUCCACUGCUUCACCUCACUGCGAGAGUUGGACCUGUCCUGCAACAAAAGUCUGUCUGGAGGACUUGACCGCCUCACUCUUUACCUGGCUCACCUUACACACCUGGAGAGCCUCGACCUUCACAUGUGUCGCCUCACCCACGCUGACCUGGAAGCCCUGAUCCAGGUGCUCCCCUCUCUGACUGGGCUGACUGAGCUCGACGUGUCCUCCAAUAAGGAAGCAGGGGGCGUAGUCCACCCGCUGGUCUCCGCCCUCCCUCUGACACAGAUGAGGCGUUUUCCUCUCAACAGCUGCAGCCUGAAUGAGGAGUCCUUUACUGCCUUUGCCUUGGCCGUGCCGUCCCUGCGCAGUGUGGAUGUCUCCUGGUGUAAAGUGGUUGGUGGGCGUUUAGCCCUGCUUCUGGAUGCUUUGCAGCCGCCAGUCAUCCUCGAGCUCUAUCUCAGCAGCUGUGAGCUCACCACAGAUGACAUAUGUAACCUCGCUGCAGUGUGCAGACGCGGCUCUCUGUCUUCUCUACGGGUGUUGGAUCUGUCCUAUAACGGCUCUGCAGCUGAUGAAGGCUGGUCUGCUCUGUUUGCAGCGGGAGGUCUGGGCUCGCUGGAGGAAGUCGACCUCAGCCUGCGACCAUCAACCUCUGCUCCGUGCUCAGCCUGGCUUCCAGCGCUGCUCUGUGCGCUGCCUCAUCUUCCUGCGCUGACUCGCCUGGCGCUGCAGCGGUGGACGAUGAGCUCUCAAGAGAGACAGCAGCUGAACCACAGCCUGAGGAAGAGGAGCAUCCGGCUGGAGUGGGACCCUCCAAGUAAUGAUGUGAUGUCAUUGUUUAAGGCGACCAAUCAGGAGAGUCCAGAGGAGAGUCAGCCUGAGGAGUAGGAAAUCUAAAUCUUGAACAAAAUCUGAAAUCAUGAGUCACUAAUGAAUGUCACCUUAUUUCUAAAAAUCAACCAGCACUUUUUACUGCACUCUGAGAUUCAGACAAAACACUGACCCUUCAACCAUUAUCACACCUUGGAUCUUUUUUUCUUGGAUCUCCAAAUCUUGAAAAUUUAGGGCAUGAUAAAACAAACUAUUACUUAAAAAAGGGUUCCUUCUCAAGAAAGUCAAUGAAAAUGUAUGUUGUUGUUUUUUGCCCUAAUAUUGAUCAAUAUCUGAAACAUAUUCAGUAAAAAAUGGUUUUCCUUUUUAAAAAUGUAACAUUUAGAUGAACCACAACAUCACAUGAAGCAAUACAGAACACAACAUCUUCCCACAGAAGGGAAACUUUAGACACUUUAGACUGAUGAAUUCUGUAAGCUAAAUACAAUUCUCUCGUGUUUUCUAGAGAUAUGUGAAAUCAUGUUAAUUGUAGAUGGAUGACGACAGACUUUGAACGCUUGUUGCAAAGUUUAUAAAAAAUAUAAACAUAUGACAGAAAAGAUGUGUUUUAUAAUAUGGUAUUAAUAAUAGCAAUAAUAUCGCCAGUGUUUGGGAAAGAUUUUCAAAGGACAUUGCCAAUGAAAAUGGAGAAUGUGAGAGGGAAAAAGGUCGACAUUUAAUCUCUGCAGUUUACAUCAUAGACCUUUAAAUCUAUGCACUGAAUAUUUAAAUGUAAAUGAGAUAUGAUGAAAAUAUUGUGUGCACCUUUAAUUAAACUUUCUCUGGUGAAGCAG